AAUGCGUACUCGGUGGAGGAGGAGGACCCAGAGAACGUUCCAAGGAAGCGUGAGCGCUGGAUCGCUCAGGAAACGAGCCCGGAGGAGUACGAGGCCGAAGGUCAGAUGCAUCUCUGGAACCCGGACGAGCUGAGCACGCCGCGAGGAGCCGGCGUUCCUCUGUCCAGCUGUUUGGAGGAUAGACUGCGUGAAGCGUGCAGCGAGCUGGAGAUAGCUUGGGACGGAUGUGCUGACCAUAACGAUCUGCUCGCUCUUUGUGAACACCUGGGCCUGGAGAUUCAUGUGGACAUUCUCCAAAAUCUGACCGCAGACGGACUAAUGAAUGUUCACCAGUUUGUUUCCAUGGUAACAAACCAAAACAAACCUCCAACGCCGUCCGCCUCCACGCCCUACAGACAACUGAAACGACACCACUCCACUCAGCCCUUCGAUGAAGGAGGUCGUAGAAUAGCGACUCCUUCGGCUCUGAGCAGCACCAUCGGCAUGCGCCUGUUCUCCACACUCGAUGACGGCUCUGGUUUCACUGCGGUCGAGGAGGUCCUGGACGCCUGGAUGGAGGAGGGAAUAGAAAACAGCGCUGAGAUCCUGCAGGCUCUGAAUUUCAGCCUCAAUGAAAAACUGAGUCUUAGUGACCUCACCAUGGCACUAGAGAACGAGCUGCUCGUCACCAAGAAUGGGAUCCACCAGGCGGCGCUGGCGAGCUUCAAAGCUGAGAUCAGAUAUUUGCUAGAGCAAGUUGACAGAGAGCUCAGGGAGAAGGAGAAAAUCCGAUCUGACCUUGAGAAAGCUGAGAAACAGAAAACUCAGCUGGCCACUGAGGUGGAUGAGCAUCACUCUGCCAUCGAGCACAUGAACAACCUCAAUCUCAGGAAGCUGGAGCAGGAGCACAGAGAGAAGCUGGCAGCCGUCCGGUCGGAGCUGACCAAAGAGAUGGACCUGAUGCAGCAGCAGGCUGGCCUGCAGCGCGAGGAGCUGGAGGCGGAGGUGGAGAAGAUCAAAGAGGAUGAAUGUUUUCUCAGAGACCACCUGUCCAUCUCUGUCAAGGAGAACAGACGUCUGGAGAUGGAGCUGCUGGACAGCACCGACAAACUUGAGGAGGCUCAGAUCCAGAUCAGCAAACUGCAGAGCAGUUUGGACAACAUUAUAAAAGAGAGGUUUGGAGACUUGGACCUUGGCAGUGCAGACCUCUUCCUGCAGGAGGAACGUAUUAAACAGCUCCGCAGCAGCUACGAGGCUCAGUGCAGGGAGCUGCAGGAUCGAAUCGACGAGCUGCAGUCAGAGCUGCAGGAGUUUCACGGCCUCGGACGAGUUCUGCAGCCCGGACAAAAAAGUCUCUGUGAGGAGCUGGAGACCAAGAGCCCGGGCAUGGAGUCUGAUCCAGGAAUCGGCUCAGAGGACGUUCAGACGUUCAGCAUGAGCCUGGAGGCAGAGAUGAUGUUGGAGCAGCUGAAGGAGCAGCACCUUCAGGAGAUGGAGGAUUUAAGAAAGCAGCUGGAGAGGAAGAUCAGUGAGUUUGAUCAGAUGGUAGAGAAGCAGAGGGCCACACACGACGAGCAGAAGGCCGCCUUAGCGCUGCAGCACCAGCAGGAGGUCCAGGCUCUGAGGGAGGAGACGGAUCGUUUUCAGGUCCAGACUCAGGAGCUCCAGAGCCGGCUGCAGGAGGCUCAUCAGGAGCGGACGCAGGCCGAGGAGAGGAAGGAGCUUGAGGACCUGCAGGAGGUGAAACGUCUCAGACAACAGCUGCUGGAGACACACACUCACAGCGCUCACCUGGAGGAGCGGCUGAAGACUCUAGAAGAUCAGCAGGAGCAGAGCAUGGAGGAGCUGAGGAGACAGCAUGCUGAGGAGAUCAGGAGACUGGAGGAGGAGCAUGUGGAGAUCUGUGAAGACAGACUGAGAGAGGAGAGACAGAAAGUACAGGGAGAGAAGGCAGAGUUAGAGAAAAGACUGUUAGAGGAUUAUCAGACAGAGAAGAAGCUGCUGCAGCAGAGCCAAGAGGAGGAGCUGAAGAUCAGAGGAGAGGAGGUGAAGAGGAGAUGUGAGGAGAAGUGUGAGGAGGUAGUGCAGAGCCUGACGGAGAAGUGGCACAGAGAGAAGGCUCAGUUAGACGAGCACAACAACGAGGCUCUGCAGCUGCUGUUAGAGGAGGAGAUGUUGAGGCUGGUCAGGGAGCAGGAGGAGAAGGAGGCCACGCUCAGGGAGCAGCUGGAGGAGCGCCAUGAGGAGGCUCUGCUGAGAGAGAGAGGGAGGGUACAGGUGAGGGAGGAGCAGCUGGAGGAGGAGAGGGAGCAGCUGGAGAGAGAGAAGGAGAAGGAGGAGAAGAGGCUGCAGGUGUUGAUUUCAGAGGAGAGGGCUCUUCUAGAGGAACGCCACCGAGAGGCCGUGAAGGAGCUGACGGCCAAUCACAGUGAGGAGAGGGAGGCCCUGAGCAGCACGCUGGACAAACUACGAGAAGACAUCGUCCACGAGAGAUCUGAGACCAGCCGCCUGGCUGAAGAAAACUUUGUCCUCAGGAAGAAGAUCACCACGCUGAAGGAAGAGGACCUGAAGGAGGCCCAGGGAGAGCUAAUACAAAAGUUGGAGCACUUAAAGAAAGGGAAGAUGUCAGCUCAGAGGGUGGCAGAGAACCUUAAGAAACAGAUCAGCGAGCUGCGUCUGCAGAGCCAGCAGCUGGAGGACGAGAACGGGAUGCUGUCCGAGAAAAACGCCCAAAACAUUGUGGACAUGGAGACUCUCCGACAGCAGCUGGCUGAGCUGAUAAAGGACGAGGACCAGAACAAGCUGACAGCGUGUGUGUCUGCUCUGGAGGCUGAGCUGACCGCAGCUCUGGAGGAUGCUGCAAAGCUUGAGGAGAGAAAUGUCCAGCUGUCAGAGCAGCUUUCUGAGCUCAGAGAGAAGAACCAUGUUUUGGAGAUGAGCCUGCACUCAAGCAGCCUCCAGAACACAAAGCUGUACAGAGAGGAGGUGUGUGGUCUGAUGGAGCAGGACCAGCUGCUGCUGAGGAGGGAGAACGAGCGGCUUCAGGUCGAAGUUCACGACAUCAGAGGAGACCUGCUGCAAUCCAGAGAAAAGAUCCAUCAGCUCGAUGCCACCAUCUCGUCCCUGAAGCAGAACCGACAGCAGAGCCAAUCGUCUGCGCUUCAGACCGCCUUGGAGCAGGAGAACGCCACUCUGAGGCGGGAGCUGGAGGCUCAGCGGGAGCUCAACAAGGGCUGUGAGGCGUCUCGGGGUCAUGCAGACGUGGAAAGUCUUCAACAGGAGAACGAGGCGCUCCGAGCUCAAAUGACUCGAAUGUCUUCACAGCUGAUGGAGUCGUUUCAGGCUCAGUUGGUGGGACUUCUACCUCCGUCUCCUCACAGGAUCCCCAGGGGGCAGCAUCGAGCUGAAGAUCCAGACAACCAGCAGGAUGAGAGGGAGACCAAGAUGAAGAACAUGGAGGAGCGCAUGAGGGAAGUCGAGCUGUCGCUGCGAAACGUCAAACUGCUGCUCAGAGAGAAGGUCUUUCAGCUCCGAGACCAGCUGCAUAAGAAUGGUAAAGCUGACGUGCUGAUCACAGACCUGUACAUGGAGAAUGCUCAGCUGCUCAAAGCUCUGGAGAAAACAGAAAAGCGACAGAAGAUCUCCGAGAAGAAGAACUAUCUGCUGGAGGAGAAGAUCUGCAGCCUGAACCGGAUCGUACGAGACCUGAACCCUGCUCCCUCACUGCCGUAUCAUUUCUGACAGAAAAACAAGAACGUUAAUGCCGUGUCUCCUUUUUAAUAACUCCACCAUAACUCUGUGGACUAAACACUGCAGUGUUUCAUUUUAAAGAUUUAUUUUGGGGCAUUUGGGGACCUGCAGGACUACAGCCUCCACACAUGGGUCGCCCGUCUCGAGGACUACAGCCUCCAGACAUGGGUCGCCCGUCUGGAGGACUACAGCCUCCGGAAUUUGAAGACAGCCAAUGUUGGGUCAUGUAUAGUUUUUAACCAAAAUCCGUCUGAUUGCACGAAAACAUUGGCAACGUUUGGAUCGUUGGAUGCACAAAUCUAAACAAUUCUAUCGAUCAUUAAAAUCACAAACCAUCAUUUUUAAACAAUUCGCCAACCCUACAUGCACUUUAUAGAGAAUGACCCGUUUUUUUUAUGAAUGAAGGACAGUCAGCUGCUCUAACGGGACGACGGACCCGUGUUUCUGUUUCACAAUAAAAUUAAUUUAAUAUUUGA